CGCAAGCUCGUGCCGAACGAGAGGAGAGCUUUCCUAGUGCGAUUGGUGGGGUGCUUUUAUAUGUUGCUUGUAUCAGUGUGUGUUGAAAAGAGAGAGAGAGAGAGAGAAAGAAAGAGAAAGAGAGAGAGAGAGAAAGAGAUAGGAAGAUAUAUACGCGUAUAUACAUCUUUCCCUCUUCAUCUUUACCACCUCGUUUUACCUCCCUCUUUCGAGUAGCCCGCGCUCAACGUUACGUUUCAUUUCGUUUCCUCGAGAUACUCUAGCAUAGAUAUCUCCACUUCCUCAUCUUCACUUCGUCAUCAUCACCUUAUUAACUAGCUUUUCCGUUGCCGUCAUCAUACGGCGGCUACAUAAAUAUAGAUUACGCGCAUUGAAAGAGUACGUAUUUCCGGCAUCCAAAUAGGUGCGAGGUAAUCUAUACGAUAUCAUGCCGGAAAAGAUGAGCGAUCAAGAGGAUUUGGAAUACUGCAUAAUGUUCCCGUCCUUUCCACCAUCGCCGAAGGAUCCAACGACGUUGACUUCUUCGACGAAUAAUGGACAGGAUCAUAAGGAGGAAUUCGUCUUCGUUUAUGAAGAGGACAAACGGCCACUUGUCGUUUUACUUGGAUGGGCUGGCUGUCAAGACAGAUAUUUGGCUAAAUACAGUGCUAUCUAUAAGGAAAAGAGUUGCAUCACUCUUCGUUACACGGCACCGAUGGAAUGUCUAUUUGGACGAAGGAAUAAAAUGCCUUAUAUAGGCAAACGAUUAUUACAGGUGAUCGCUAAAAACAGUCUGAACGAUCAUCCGAUAUUCUUUCAUAUAUUCAGCAAUGGUGGAGCUUUGCUUUAUCAACACAUCAGUAUCGCGAUGCAACAAAUGGAUUCACCGAUACAAUCGCAAGUGAAGGGUGUGAUCUUUGACAGUGCACCAGGUGAAAGAAGAGUUACGUCUCUGUUCAAAGCUAUCAGUGCUAUCAUCGGUGGACAUCCUCUGACGAAUAUACCGAUGUCCUUCUUCAUUACAAUCUUCCUAUCAAUGUUCUGGUUCUUUGAGGUGAUCGCUCAUGCACUUGGACGAGGUUUCACCAUUCAAUCUAAUCCAUUCGCACUGAUGGAAGAAUCCUAUUCUUGGCCGCAACUCUUUCUUUACUCGAACACCGACACAUUGAUUCCAGCUGCCGACGUUGAAAAAUUCGCAAGCCGACGCGCAGAACGCGGUGUACGUGUACAACUUGUCCUCUUUACAAAUUCACCCCAUGUAAAACAUUAUGCAAUGUACCGUGAGGUCUACGUAAAUACGGUUUGCAGUUUCAUCAAUGAGUGCUUGCAAUCCGGCAACCCGUCCAAGAGAUUUGAGAAGGCAACAACUCAUGAAGAUGAACGAAUCGAAUCUGACGUUUACGACGCCCAACCAGGCCUGACGAAACGCGUCGUUUUGCCUAGCGAGGCAACGAAAUAUCAAAAUUAGAAAAUCCGCGAAGAACGAACCGUACGAAAGAAGAAAAAAAAAAAAAAAAAGAAAAAAAGAAAUGGAAAAAAGAAAGAAUGGUUUUUAGCAAAAGUACCUUUGCAUUAUCGCGCGCGAUGAAAAUAUUUCCUUGCAGUUAUUUCUUAACGAACGGAGAUCGAAAAUCUAUUAAAGUUAAUGAUCAAUUUUUAUUGAUAUAUUUAAUUAUUGAUUUAUUCUUUUUUGUAUUUAUUUAUUUUCUUUUUUUAUUUAUUUAUUUAAUUCUUUCUAGUUAAGCCAAUCAACAACGACGCGUACAAGUGAUGAUCAUUUUCCUUUUUCUUAUUUUUCUUUUUUCUCUUUUUUUUUUUUUGUUUACCAAACAAAGAAGAAAGAAAAAAGAAACAAAAAAUAUAAUAAAAUAUCAAAGUUCUAUUUCUUCGAGGAGAACUCUUUUCAUAGACGAAAAAAGAGAUAAGAGGGGAGAAAAAAAUAAAAAAAAGAAUGAUCUCCUUCGAUUUUCAGCUCCGUUCGUUAAUAACAAACGCGCGCUACCUCCAAUGCUUCAAUUUCUUCCCUUUAUACAUCUUCCAUUACGAUUUUUCCGUAAAGCGAAUAAAGUAAGUGCGUGUCAAAGGUGCCUCGGCUGAAUUGUAAGUACAUAGAAAGGAUACAUAUGUACACAACAAUACAAGACGAACCCCAUUAAAAAAAAAAAAAGAAAAUAUAAUUCUCGCAGGAAAACGUACUUCCCCGCCGUAUAGUGAGUUUGUAAUGACUCUAGUCGCACUUUGCUGCUAACUUAACGAUCAACAUAAUAUAAUAAUAAUUAUCAUUAUUAUUUUAACAAUAUUGAAAAGGAGAGAGAGAAAGAGAUUUAAAUGACCUACGUGUGAGAGAGAGAGAGAGAGAGAGGGAGAGAGAGAAAGAGAGAGAGAAAAAACGUGCUAUAGAAAAUGUUAAAAAAAAAAAAAAAUAAAAAGAGAAAAAAAAGCAAAAGAAUUAAGAGGAUCACCCGAACGGCUCUGAAUGUCUAUUUUUUCAAACGCAAUUGUGAAAAGAGAGCAAGGAUCCUAUAUUAUUAUUAUCAUUAUUAUUAAUAUUAUGAUCAUUAUUAUUAAUAUUAUGAUUAUUAUUGUUAUUAUCAUUAUUAUUAUUAUUAUUAUUAUUAAUAUUAUUAUUAAUAUUAUAAAUAUUAUUAUCAUCAUCGUCAAAUUUGAUGAUUAUCACAAAACGUGAGUGAUAACUCAUGAAUUAGUCAAACUUGGUUCGAUGAGAAAUCGCACAAAGUAUUAUAAUAUAUAAUAUAAAGUUA